GCCGAAUUCCACGGCUGCCAGUGGACAUCAUGUUUGGAAGUACCUUGAAAAACGAAGACGUGUUGACUCAUGACGAGUAUGUUGACUCGUUCCAAAAGGACCUGCGAGAGGCUGUCAGGAUCGCUCAGGCCAACACCACUGAAGCUCAGAAAAAGCAAGCAAGGCAGUAUAACAAGAGAGUGAAGGGUACUGCCCUGGAGAUUGGGGACCGAGUUCUCUUGGCAAACCGAAAGGAAAGAGGAAAAGGUAAACUUGCCGACUUGUGGGAUUCAACGGUCUAUGUGAUCACAUGGAAAGACCCGUCUGUGCACAUCUACAGAGUCGAAGAUCCUACUACCAAGAAGAGUAAAGUAGUUCAUCGAAACUUCAUACUGCCAGUGAACUUCCUGCCGGUGGGACAGACAGACGAGAUGUCCACAGUAGCCUCUACUGCUUCAGAGGAGGACAUAAACGCAGACAGCGGUGACGAAAGACCGGUAUUCGAUGUGGAUGAGGAUUCAGAGGAUCGAAGGACUGCUGUCUGGAUUCUCGAGGGCCAGAACCCUGAGGGGCCCACGGAAGCUGAAGGUCAAAAAUCUUCAGGACCGGAAGAUGGCGUGAACAUGAGAGAAGCUGCUCCUCAAAGCCCAGCGAAGGACAUGAUCUCAGGACAAGCAGCUAAAUCAAGCACAGGAAGCUCCUCAAUGAUGCCUGGUGAUGAUUCAAGUGAUCCUUCUGAAGAUGACACAAGUAGAAAAGCAACGUCAGUGAGUAGUCUAGAUGGCAUCAGCAGUGGAAGUUCAUCAGUCAGCGGCUCUGUAUGCAUAAGAUCUACUAAGAAGAGAAUGAGUAACCAGAGAGAGGUAGAGCGCAGAAACAGCCAGACAUCUGAGCUCACUGAUACAGUCCUGAGACCAAGUGAAGGCACUUUGAGAACUCGAACUGGAAGAGUUGUGAAGCCUGUCAGAAGACUUUUAGAGUCAAUGAGUCAAGUGAUUGCUGAGCCGGACAAAAGAGAGCAUCUAGCCGCCCUGAUUCAAGCCUUAUCAACUUUUGUUGAAGUGAUAGUACCCCAGUGACACAGAAGCCAGAGGAUAGAUUAAGGAAAUGAGAAAUACUUUAUUAGGGGGUCAUAGGUUGUAUGUAUAUGGGCAUAUUUCUACCUGGCAAAGUCUCUUUGCUGUCCUUCUGGACGACUCUUGGUCAAGGUUACCCCUGUGGAGGAAGAAGUCUUACCUUAUGUCUUAAAGUUUGCUGAAAUCAAGAAGGGAACAACUUGUCAGGUGGUGCAUUGGAGACUGAUGUGUUCCUGUCCU